AUGUACAACUUCAAAGACAAAGUUAUCCUCAUCACAGGUGCAGGAAGUGGAAUUGGCCGCGCCACCGCCGUGAAGCUCGCUUCACUUCAAGGCACUCUCGCACUAUGCGACAUAAACUACGAUAACCUUGAAGCCACCUCCAAAUUAUGCACCGGCACUCCCAAGCCACCCUGCCUCUCCGACGUCGACGUUUCAUCUGUCAAAGAAGUCCAAAACUUCGUCGACGAGGCCCUGAAAAGAUUCGGCGCCAUCCACCAUGUUUUCAACUGCGCAGGCGUAAACCCGACCUCCAUCCCACUGGAAGACACCCCCGAUGAGUACUGGGACAAGCUCGUCGGGGUCAACCUUAAGGGCGUCUUCAACGUGACGCGCGCAUCCAUUCCGCACCUCAAAUCAGGAGCAUCCUUCGUAAACGUCUCAUCCAUCUCCGGGAUCCGGCCCUCCGCGCAGCAAGCCGUGUACUGUACCACCAAAUACGGUCUCAUCGGCUUUUCUAAAUCCAUUGCCCUAGAGCUCGGACCGAGAGGGAUACGGACGAAUGUCGUGUGUCCGGGAUACAUUGAUACGCCUACGAAUGCGGGGAUCGUGAAGGGUGGGGCUGCGGUAGAGAAUAUGAUACAUGGGAAUGCGUUGCAUAGGUUGGGCACGCCGGAGGAGGUUGCGGAUGUGGUGGCGUUCUUGUUUAGUGAGGAGAGUAGGUAUAUGAAUGGGAGUGUAGUGGAGAUUGAUGGGGGGUUAAAGAGUAAUUCGAAUCCGCCACCGCCGAGUAAGUGA